GUACGGUGAGUCAGAUAACAGGUUAGCAAUACUUUGGUCAGCUAAUUGGUAACAUGUAGGAAUAACCUUGUAAAGUGAUGCAUAUUGAUGUGGGGAACCAAUUUUUACGAAAAAUACUCUUUACCAACUGCUGCUUUCAAUAUUAGAAACGGAAACGAAAUGGAGACCAAGAAACCAGAAUUGAACGACAUAUGUCCCGGCUUAUUAAAUAGGAAAUUGAACCCAAGGCACACAUCAAAUCAAGCGUGGAUCGAUAAUCGUAAAAGAUCUCUGCACAAUGCGAAAGAGAAAGAACAUCCAGUGGUUCAAGAUGUUGUUGAGUUAAUGAUGAUUAUAGUAGAUAGUCCAUCACAAAAACGUAGAAACAAGGCGAAGCAUUUUGAAAAGCUUGAACGUAAGAUGAGGCACAACAAAAAUCAUUUAAAUACAUUAGCUGACCUUGAACUGUUAAAUAGAAACAACAACUUAGCAGAAAAGGCGGUGAUAUUAGAAGAGAGAAUAGAUAAAAUCUUGAAAAGCAGUGAUCCGAAUGACAUUAUUGAAAAGGCUAUUUGUGUCCUUGAACAAGGUUAUGCUUCUUUAUUUGAAGAUUACACCGGAAGCGGAAUUGAAGCACAGCAAAUGUUACUUGAAUCUUUACAACUAAUCAAGGAUGAACAAAGAACUGCUUUAGGAGAGAAGAAAAAUUUUCUUUGUCAGGCCUCAAAUUACACACUGGAUGCACGACGACUAAUGUUUCAAGCACUUAACUGUAAAACAAAUGACAUUUUCUUUGAUAAAAAUUCUAGCGUGGAAUUGCUCGAAAAAGGGUUGCAAUAUCUCUCAAAUACUUCUUAUCCGAAAGAAAAAUAUUACAUUUGGAAAUUUUACUAUGCAAUGGCUUACAGUAGAAUGCCUGACAUUGAAGUAGCCACAAGCAACAAAACAUCCAUAAGUGAGACAGCUAUUAAUCUCUUCUGGUCAGUAAUUGAGAACUUACCAAAGGACAAUGAAUGCUUCACUAUUUAUAGAGCUCGUUCCUAUGCGUAUAUUGGCCAUAUUCUUAUUUCCCCACAUAAACCCUCCGAUACCUACCCAAGUUACAGCUCAUAUGAAAAUGACAAACAAUUUCAAGCCCUUCUCAGGAAUCCGCUGUCUUCUUUUCAAUGGGCUAAUAAUGAACUGUCUGAUGAUGAAGUUGUUCUUAGUCGAGAGGGAAUGAGUCUUUGGUUAUUGUACAAGUUCGGUCCGGUUAAAAACAUCGAAUAUCUGGAAAAAUCUGAAAGACAAUUAUCGUCUUCCAUAUUACAAAACCCUUGCCUUCGCCGUUUUGAUUUUUCCACCAGAAUGAAAGUAUUUUUGGAAAUGUCCUCUUUGGAAGGUUGUCCUAUUGGCAGAAGGGAAGAUUUAUUAAAGAAGGCGUUAGAUGACGGGAAAACGUCAGUAAGGCUAAACUUGAACGCAAAAGAUGUAUGUAAAGUUGCUGAAAUUUGUCAAAGACUUGCAAAGCUUCCGAAAUUUUACCGGAAUGGACCAGAAGCCGUUUCCAACAAUGAGUACUUACAUGCAGCCCUUGAUUACCUCAACCAGUGCUUUAACGCAAAGGGUCAAAAUUAUUUCACAGCAUUCACCUUUGGGGCAACAUAUUUUGAUUUAGGAGAAUUUAGGACCGCAUCAGAAUGGCAUAAGAGAGCAUUCAUGAUGUCAAAUUUUAAGUUCGGAAAUGGAAAUAUCCAACAAUUAUUAUUUUCUAUUUUGAGAUCGCAACAAGAAGAAUCAAUUAUGUAUGACGAGCUCAUUCAUGCGUUAACAUAUAUAGCUAGGAAACUAAAAGACGUAGAAUUCCUUCGUAAAUUAGUGCCAAAAGUUCACGGGGAUGACUAUCUAAGAAAACUUUCAAACUUUUUGAUUUUCUUGCAAACUUUCCCACUCACGGCAGAGCAGGUUCUAAUAGCUGAGAGUUUGAAAUCUAAUUUAAUCAGGAAAGGCGUCACACAUGCUGAGCAGUUUGAUAACAGUCAGUACGUUAUAUCUACCAACCAUGCCGUUGAAUAUGACGUAAAUCCGGAAAUUGUGUAUCAACGUGUUGAAAUGAAGACUGAGCCUGUGGAUGUUCAACACAACUGGAGAUAUGAUUUCUGUAUCAUCACGAGUGGAGCUGAUACUGGUUGGGUUCAAUGUUUUCUUCAACAUCAGCUUAGCAUACCAAUGUUCGACAGUGAUAUGAUCUUUACAGGUUUUCCUGGUAUUGAUUUUGACUCCUGUGCAACGUUAUUAGAGACGACUAUGAAUGGUAUAAAGAAAAGUCGGAAAAGCAUACUAGUUCUUUCCAAAAACUUUCUGACAAGAGAUUGGAGUCUGUUGAAACAUAUAAUUCUGGAAACACUACAGAAAAGAUCAGACUGUUUAUUGAUCAUUUUACUUGAAAAGUGUGAUGUGCCGUCGGAGAUUGAUGAUAAACACUUAUCAAUCAAAAUUUGUAAACACAUUCUGUUUCUUAUGCAUGAAAAGGACGAUAAUAUGGAUAUAAAUAAACCAAAAUUCGAUGCAAUAUUUCCCGGCUUAUUCCAAAUGAAAUUAAAACUUAUGUGUUCAUCAAAUCAGACGCGUAUCGAACAUCGGAAGAUAGUUUUACACAAUGCGAAAGAGAAAGAUCAUCCAAUAGUACAUGAUUUUAUAGAUUUGAUGAUAAUUGUAUUGGAUAAUCCAUUACGUAAACAAAGAUAUUUACCUAACAAUAUUGAAAAGCUUGAACUGAUAAUGAAACGUAACCCAAAUCACUUAAAUACAUUAGCUGACCUUGCAGUUUUGUACAGAAAUAGUAAUUUAGUAGACAAGGCUAUAACAAUCGAAGAGAAAAUAGAUAAAAUAUUGAAAGAGAGUGAUCCAAAUGACAUCAAAGAAAAGGCAGUUUGUGUCCUUGAACAAGGGUAUGCUGAGUUGUUUGAAGAAUAUACAGAAGACGGACUUGAAGCACAAAAAAAGUUAGCAGAAUGUUUAGAACUUAUUAAAGUUGAAAAGAGUACUGCAGUAGGACGAGCUAAAUAUUCUCUUUGCCAGGCCUCCAAUAACGCCAUGGGUGCACGAAGACUAUUGUUUCAAGCUCUUAGCUGUAAAACAACAAACAGCUUCGUUGACAAAAAGAAGUCCAGUGUGGAAAUGCUGAAAAAAGGCCUACAAUAUCUCGCAACUACUUCGUAUCCCAAAGAACACUACAUCAUUUGGGAAUUUUACUAUGCAAUGGCUUGCAGCAGAAUGCCGGGCAUUAAGGCUGCCGACUACAACAAAUUACCAAUGUGUCAAAAAGCUGUUCAACUAUUUUGGCAAGUAAUUGUGAACUUACCAAAAACCAACGGAUGUUUUACCAUAUAUAGAGCUCGCUCAUAUGCAUAUAUUGGUUAUAUACUAAUUUCAACGUCGGAUGUCAAUCCAAAAUAUAGCUUAUUGAGUAACGAUGAACAAUUCAAAUCCAUACUCAAGAUUCCAUUGUUAUCAUUUAAACAUGCUAACGAUGAACUACCAAACGAUGAGGUUGUUCUUCGUCGAGAAGGUAUGAGUCUGUGGAUAUUGGUCAAGUAUGGUUCGGCUAGAGAUGGGGAGAAAAGCUUUGAAUAUCUAUCCAGAGCUGAGCAAGUGUUAUCGUUCUCUAUAUCACUAAGCCCUUGCAUGCAUCAAGUCACCUUUUCGACAAGAAUGAAAGUAUAUUUAGAGAUGUCCGCUUUGGAAUGUGUUCCCCUUGAUAGAAAAGAAGAUGUCUUAAAAAAGGCACUAGAGGACGGGAAAGCUCUAAUAAAGAAGAAUUUGAGCGUGAGGGAUGUAUGUACUAUCGCUGAAAUUUGCCAGAGACUUGCUAAAUUUCCAAAAUACUACCUUAACGGACCAGAAGCCAUUAUAAGCAACGGGUACUUGAAUUCAGCCCUAGAUUAUCUUAACCAGUGCGUUCGUGCAAAGGGUUAUACUUAUUAUACAGCCUUUUCACUUGGAAUAAUCUAUUUUGAUUUAGGAGAUUUUAGGACCGCUACAGAAUGGCAUAAAUUAGCUCUAAUGUUGUCUGAUACCAUUGGAAAUAUUAAAAAUAUAUGCUUUUCUAUAUUGCGAUUAGUAGACACGGUAGACAGCUCAAUUGUGUACGAGGAGCUCAUUCAUGUCUUAACAUUUAUAGCAAGCAAAAGAAAAGGUGUAGAAUUUCUUCGUGAUUUAGUGCCUAACUUUCAUGGGGAGGACUAUCGUAGAAGUCUUUCGAAAUUUCUAACUUUCUUACAAACAUUUCCGCUUACAACUCAGCAGGUUGAAAUCGCAAAGUGUUUGAAAACUAUCUUAUUCAGGAAAAAUAUUAUAACCGCUGAUCAGUUCAGUGCUGCUGGGUACAGCAAAUCUACAACACGUAACUUUGAAUAUGACGUAAACGAAACAAACCUGUAUCAACGAAUUCCAAUUGGAAUUAAACCUGCGGAUGUCCAUCAGAACUAUACAUUUGAUUACUGUUUUAUUAUGAGUAAAGUUAAUUCUGGUUGGAUUCAAUGCUUCCUACAGCAACAGCUAAGCAUACAAAUGGUCGAUGGUGACAGUACAUUUGCAGGUUUUCCUGAUAUCGAUUAUGAAUCCGGUUCAUCGUUGUUGAAGACUACCAUAGACGGUAUCAAUAAAAGUCGAACAAGCAUACUUUUUCUAUCUAAAGACUUACUGACGAGGGAAUGGUGUUUGUUAAAGCCGAUAGUUACAGAAAUACUACAGAAAAGAUCGGACUCUCUAUUUAUCAUUUUACUUGAAACGUGUGACGUGCCUUCGGAGAUAGAUGAUAAACGUUUAUCGUAUUUUGAUUUCACUGUCGAGAUGAACAUUCCUUUCGAAAUUCAACAUUUGAAGUUGGCUUUACAAGAAAACUGAUUAAUUGAAGACAAAAUCAUACUCAUGAUCGUUCUAUUCUUAUUUUGUUAAUACUAAAGGCUUCAUUGUACUAGUAAUUUUGAUUUGGAGAACGAGUAUACAUAACGCUGUUUCUGUGCUCAUUUGCCGUGCAUAUUUGACUGAUUCAGUGUCAAGAGACGCCGUUAUUCUUUGUUUUUAAUUUGUAUUAUUCAUAUGUGUAUUCUCAUGUUUUGAAAUAUCUUAAUGUGAUCUGCAUGUGUAGUCAAUGAGAAGGUGUAUAAAAUUUACCUGAUUUUUUAAAAUCAUAAUAAUCACCGCUUGCUUUCAUUAUUAGUGUCUUCUUUGCAUGAAUGCAUUCAUAUUUAAUAUGCUUAAAAUGAUUAAAAAACCUUCUUGGAA